UCCUAGCGAGCGAACGAACAAGUGUGUCCGUCCUUUCAAUAGCAGGAGCAGGAGUGAGACUAAGAAUAGUUUUACUAAGGGCAGCAUUCUCAAAAUCUGCGAAAAGUUUAAUAAUCCAGCAUACUUUCUGCACGGCGCAAACGGGAGGAACGGUUGUGUGCGUGCGAGGUGCCCUUUUGCGUGUGCCACACGUGAAAGUGGCCUUUGGUUGCGGUUUGUUAAAAUUGUGGCCCACGCGAGAGCAAAUCAUUUUAAUCGGCACGCAAUCCUGCCACUCUCCUUCACGUGUAAGUAAGAAAACCAGACGAACCCGAAAAGAUUGAAUAAAAAUUCGAUCGGAGAGCCCCGUGAGGCCUCGAAGUGUUGUCGAGGUUGAAGUCCAAUCCCCUCUCUCUUCCAUCACCACCGCAAAGGGGUUUCCUCCCAGGAAACCGUCUCCAGUGAUUCGCACUUUCUUUCAUUCUAGAAAUUUUACACAUUGGCAACGCACAAGCUAGAAGAGGGAAAUCCAAAAAGGAAACCCCCAUUAAAUUCCGGCACUCGCUCUCGCGCUCCCUCCCGCAGUGGUGUAUGUGUGUGCGUGCCAGACUCCUCGGAUUUGAUCACGUCGCACGUGUUGUGCGCAAUUCUCGUGGUGCGUGCUGAAAAGAGGCGCAAGGCAACAAAGAAGCCCGACCGAAUUUCUGGCGUGAUUUGCGAUUGUCGUCCUUUGCCAGCCAAAUUGAUUGCGUAGCAACUACGCACGCCGUCGCAAUCGUCGCGACCAGCAAUCGUCAGUGGUGAGAGGUCGUGCGUGCAUACAUUUCAAGGGGGGGUUUUCCAUCGAAUCCCUCCUCACUCCAGUUUUGGUGACAAAACGUGUGUUCACGGUGCGUGCGUGCGUCAAGGAUCGCGUUUUCGUGUGCGCGCGUUGUGUACGUGUGUGUGCGUGUACCUGUGUUGUAUUGACCUCCGCGAUUCGGGCGCCUUCUGUGUACGUGUCAUCCGCUGCCGGUACUGCCGACCAUUCGGGAGCUUCUGGACUUAUCCGUCCCAACCCCCCAAAUCCCACCCACUGCCACAAAGCACUCCGGGAUUCCUAACGGCCAUCCACAACGACGAUUACAGUGACGUUUCUCAAAGAGCGGAUCCAUAUCCGGUGCAAUCUGGGUCGUCCCACGUGCCCGCCGUGCCACGUUCGAGGUGAGCAAGGGAGAGAAAGAGAGAUAGAGAGAGGCAGCACUUGAGUGCACGGCCAUCGGAUAUCAAGGAAUCGCGUGAGAAAACCUCAUGCAGAACGCGCAACUAGAAGCCUAGAUAAGAAGUUGCCAUCAACGACUGAGAGACUUAUAUAUCAGGUAUCCAUUUUUAGGUAGCUUCUCUGCGCUAUACGUGCAAGUGAACAAACAGACACUGCCUAGUAAUAUUGUGUGUAAUCGUGUGUAACCUCGUCGCCCCACUAUACGGUUGGUGUGUACAUCCGAGCCAUAAGGAGAGCUGUAUUUGAACUGCUUCUGAGAAAGUCCUCUGCAGCAGCACUGUCUGCGCCGAUUGGUCUGAGUAAAGCACGCAACCUGGAGCAGGCUGAGAAUAGGUGUUUGAGAAAAUUGUAUAAAGCCAAAACAAAAGAGCAACGAGUGCAACCGCAAACAUGGCAACGGAUAGUGGCGAUAUCGCCACCAGCGCUCCCGGUUUGGUGGCCGAGAAGAUCCUGCAGCAACAGGAGGACAACAAUAACGAGGAAUCGAAACCACCACCGACCGUUAAUGGUACAAUGGCCGCUAGCGAGCGCGAAGUGACGGAAAACAGUCUGAAUAACAACAACACUAGCCCGGCGAAGAACGAGGAAGAGGAGAGAACCGGUGAGAACAACAACAGCGGUGGCGGCACAACUCCCACCACCCCUAAUGUUCCUUCUGCUGGUCAGGGUGGAGUACCACCAUCCAUCGGCACCCGCAUACGCCGUAACUCCGAGAAGCUGAAGGACGAGGAUAGCAUCGGUACGGGUACGCCUGGUUCGCGCAAAAAGUACUCCCUAGAUGUGCUACUGUCGCUCAAGGAUUCGGCGAUUGGGCGGGAGAAACCGUCCACCAUACCGGACGUGUGCCGUUCACUGUUGAAGGCUAACCCGGGUACAUUCGUUUCCUCCUCGGUCAGCAAUCGUCAUAUGGGCGGUGGUGGUGGUGGUGGCGGUGGUGGAGGCGGAGCAGGAGGUACAGAUAAUUCGCUUUUGCCCAGCUUCAUGAAGAGCAUGGGCUUCGGUGCUCCUCCUUCAUCGGGUGGUGACGGAUCGGACGGGUUCGGUCUGCGUCCACCAAUCAAUCGCAACCUGUACCGGGGACGGCUAUCGGCUAAGGAAAUGUCCACACGCACGGGAGGCCCCGGAGGCCCUGGACGUGGUGGUGGGGCCGGUGGCGCAGACGGUAGCGGUCCGUCCAGUAUUGACGACGUCGAUGGUAAAAUGAUCAAGUUGAACCUCAACAUUACGGAGGAGGUGAAGCUGAAGGGUUCGGCCAAUGCC